AUGAUGUUCAUGAACAAAGAAUCUGACCCAAUCUUGUGCCAUACUUUCCCAACCUUUCUGGAUGGAGCUGCCCUAAUUUGGUUCUCCAAUCUCCCUAAAGGUUCCAUCUCCAAUUUUGAUGAGCUGGCCGAACAGUUCGUCAAUCACUUUGUCGCAUUCCAAAUAUACGUCCACAAUUCCGACUACCUGAGCACUAUCAAACAAGGGCCGAAUGAAAGCCUGAAAGACUACAUGACCAGGUUCGUGGAAGCAACCAAUGAAAUACCCAACCUAAAUCCUGAAGUCCACCUUCACGCCCUAAAGAGCGGUCUUCGCCCAGGAAAAUUUCAAGAGACCAUAGUCAUAGCAAAACCGAAGACUCUGGCUGAAUUCCGAGAAAAAGCAACAACCCAGAUCAAAAUUGAGGAAUUCCAAGCAUUGCGAAGAGCGGAAAAGCCUACCUCGAAUAGAGAAGACGAAAGACAAAACAAGCAUUCGAGCAAUAGAACGGACCAGAGGUCAUUCAAACUGACACCUAAGUUCAACAGCUACACUCCCCUUAAUACAAAUAGGGAGGACAUUAUAAAAGACAUCCUGCAUUCAAAACUCAUCAAACCUCCAAACAGGGCCGGUACAUAUCAGGACCAGUGA